UCGUUUGUAAAUGGACCGCCAGGGUGCCCAAGGACGCGAAAGCAAACAACAUGGCGGCCGAGAUCAACUUUCGGUCUCACUACUACGACAAAGUCGGGUUUCGCUGUAUAAAUGAAAACAAAUCCAUAGAAGCACUGCUUAAUGAGAAACCUGUCGACCCACAAAAGCUCCUUAAUUUCUGUAGAAAGUUCUGCGUGCCUUCUAUUCAUAGACAUGUGGUCUGGAAAAUACUGCUGGGUAUUCUGCCAACGUAUGAUGCUAGCAUACAAAGGGUUGAAGACGAUCAGAAAGAGCAGUGGAAGUGUCUGAGAAAUGCGUUAGAAAUUAUGCGUAUUGUAAAUGAAACAACUCCUUUGCCCGAUGCUAUCGUCUUGAUGUACCUUCUUGGUGAAGGGAAACUAAAUCUGGACAUUGAACAGCAGCUGCAAGAAGAAGAGAUGCAACACCUUCGAAGUAUUGCUUCAGCAUUUUCUGAAAUUUGCAAUUCCGAGCAAGAAGUUUAUUGGAUGACGAGAAACUUCUGGAAGCUCCUGAAAGGUCUCCCGACUGAUACGUCCCUAAUGACGAAACAGAUGGAAGACAUUCUUGAUAAAGAAGAUCACGAAUUGUAUCAGCACCUCAUUAAGGUUAAGGCGAUGUCGGUACUCCCAGUCGACACAUGGUUUCAGAGGUGCUUUGCAGACGUCCUGGACACUGAUGCAUUGGUGAGGGUGUGGGACAGAGUCGUUGGGGGAUCUACGAAGAUACUACCACAAGUUGCUACAGCACUGCUAACAUCAAUACGUUCGAGUCUCAUGCAUCACAAAACAGCAUCCGACAUCCUGCAAGCCAUAGAAAAUGUUCCUAAAGAAGCUUCAAGUGCUAUCAUCAGCAAGACUCUUGCCUAAGUUCAUUUCUGUGAAUUUAUUAUGCAAACAUUUCUCAUUUCCCUUGCUGCACAAAUUUGCACUACUUCUAGUUUCUUUCUUUUUUUUUUGCAAAUAUACAUAAUUCGUGCAUCAUAAAGAAAUAUUUCAAGGAAAAGUGUGUCUCGAAGUUUG